AUGACGGGGCAAGCAGUUUCCAAGGCACAGACCUCCAGUCUGGGAGCAUUGUGGGUGGCGGUGGUGAAAAUCCUUGCUCGCCUAAGGUAUUUGGGUCUCCUGGGCUAUGCGUUGGAAUGGUUGCUGGAGGCCAGCCAUGCCAGCAGCAGAAUGCACAAGAUCUUGCACAGCAUCAACACACCCAAGGUCCAUUUACUGGCGAUCAGCAUGGUGCUUGCAGGCCAUAUAGCGGAGCAUCUUCAUCAAGAGGAGGAGAAUCAUCACCAGGAGGCGCAUUUGCACGAACUACGAAUGGAAGUUCAAAAGCUGGGAACUCAGCGAACGCGAAUGAGGAAAAAGGACACCGCCACACCGUGCUUUUUGGACUCUCCAGGCGAGAUGGGCCGUAUCGGAGUGCUAUUUGAGCUGCGACAUGCAGAUACGAGGCCAGGGGAGAUGGUGACAGUCGUUGGAGCCCGUGGAGAGCUUGGUGCUUGGGAUUGCUACACAUCUGGUUUGCAGCUUCGCACAGGUGCUUCAUUGUAUCCCUGCUGGGCGAUGCUGGCACCAGUGUGGGUCUCGCCGGGGACCAGCGAUUCUUCUGCCUCACUUUGCCGUUCCCAGGAUUUAGACACUCCUGGCCACUCCAUCGCAAGCCCACGAAUUGUCAGGGAUGCUUCUGUGAUACCAGAAGAGCCGGAAGUGGUGUCUAGUGGUGAUAGUGGAGAAGCGGAUACCAAUCCUCAGCAGUUGAUCCACAUCGAGUACAAGUUCGUGAAGGAUCGUCGGCAGUUGAAAGACUGCGGACCUUCGAUUCAAUGGGAGGACAGCAUCGCCAAUCGCUUGGUGACUCUGCCUUUUGAGCCUGGGAGCAUUUGGAUCAUCUCUGAUUCAAAGUUCAACGAUGCCCGGCGGAAUUUGCUUGGUGCAGGUUCCAAGAGCCCGAGCGAUUGCUGGCUUUUCAACAAUCAGGGAACCAAGGGUCGUGACAAGUUGGACAUGGAGUUCAGAGCAUCCUUGCAGGACUUGAACGACGCCCAUUCCCCCGAAUGGAGCGGCCGGGAGCCAGAAGAUGACGGGCCGGGUGCUUGGUGCUUGCGGGAAAUGCCGGCUUUGAAGCUCCCAGAAAGGUUUUUGACCAACCAGGACUCCCUCCUGGUCUCAUCAAAGGAUGGGGGCCACUUCCGGACCCCCAACCGAGGACCCUCUGAGAUCCAUGCGUCAUCGACCGAGUCAAUGGCGCCCCUGGGUGUUGGCUCCACGAGCAAACAACACCAGAAUGUUCCGUGGCAUCUGUCCGGCAGCAAAGUGGAUUUCGGCAUUGGCAUCUCAAGCUGGACAAAGAGGGCAGCAGCCAACUUUGGCGCAAAAGUUGCCGCGGCAGAAGCUGUGCUCUUUGGAGCCAGAGAGUGCUGGAUUGGAGCUGGCGAGAGCCUUCCAGAGCCACCCGAGGUCCAGCCCUGGGUCUCCGAACGUUUGGAGCUGCGAGACACUGACAGAGGGCGAGGGUUGUUCCUUUCGGCCUCAGCCAAAGAAGGGGAGAUCCUUUUCGUGUGCGAGCCCUUCGUGAUUGGGUCAGCAUCUGGUUUGCAGGAAGCAACCGUCAAGAAGCUGCGAUCCGUUCCAGAGGAGGAUUUCAACCGCUUCAUGUCUUUGCAAGGGUCUGAUGGCACGAGAUUCGUCACAGAAACCGAAAUGAAGUUGCAGAGUUGGACGCGUGGUCCAAGGACAGUGCAACAUCAGAGGUCCGUGGACGCCAAGAAAGUGGCGAAGGUCUUGCAAUUCAAUAGCCUGGCAAGGGAUUCUCUGAAUGGGCAAGGUUUUGCAGAAGAAGCAGCUUUGUGUGGGGUGUGGCCUCUAUGCAGUUUGAUCAACCAUUCUUGCCUCCCGAACGUGCAGGAGCACUUUCUCGGUGAUUUCUUGAUCCUGAGGGCAGCACGGCCCAUCGCAGCCGGAGAGGAGUUGUUGAUGUCGUAUGUUUCCCCCUUCCAGCCGCGACAUGUGCGACGCCAGCGCCUGUCUGGCACAUUUCAGUUCUCUUGUGCCUGGGCGACAGAUUUCGGCGAUGUUGGGAUUAGUGGAACAAAUGGACCCAUCCAAGUCUUAGGCAUGUUUCCUCCAGGUUUGUUGUUUUCUGUUGUGAACGACCUGACUUUGUCAAACAUAGACUUCUGA